UGUUCACCUGACAUUUUAAUAAAUUCUUAUUGAAAAUUUUAAUGAUAUAUUCAUCAAUUCUUGAUCCGGCGACGGUAUUUAACAGUUAACACUUGUUUUUAUCUCUCCUGUCGGUAUUUAACAUUUCUUGCUAAACUGUAGUAUAUCAAAACGAAAUCAGACGCUAUUAAAAAGUUCCGGAGAAAAUUCGACCUUUUGUACGAAAACAAAAUGCAACCCGGAACGGGGGAGCUCGCCGUCGCUAGGGUUUUGUGGUUCACUCGAAGAAGAAAUGUAAAGGGCCUAUUUUGUUAGUACUCGUCUCUCACUCUCCGAAACUGUAUUUCUAUUACUCUGAUUGGAAAAAGACUGAUAUGAGAAUAUGGUGGAAGCAGACAGAGCUGAGGAUCUUGGAUUUAAAUGGGGUAAACUGAAAGGACGUGGAAAGAAAGGAGUUGGUGAAAAAGAGAAAAUAGUCCACUUUUACCAAUCUUUUAUUUAUGAUGGCGUGGAGUAUGGUCUUUAUGAUUGCGUUUAUAUGUACAACGAAGAUGAACCUGAGCCUUAUAUUGGCAAGCUCAUAAAAAUAUGGGAAAACCCUGACAAGACAAAGAAAGUAAAAGUUUUAUGGUUUUUUCGCCCUCGCGAAAUUGCAUGUUAUCUUGGGGUUGAAGACACAGCCGAAAAUGAGUUGUUUUUGGCUUCGGGGGAAGGUGUAGGCCUUGCAAAUAUUAAUCCAUUGGAAGCAAUUGCUGGAAAGUGCAAUGUUGUUUGCACUUCAAAGGACAGUAGAAAUCCACAACCUUCAGAUGAAGAUCUUCGAACCGCUGAUUUUAUAUUUUACCGUGCCUUCGACGUGGGGCGCUGCAAAAUACUGGAUAAGAUGGAGGAGAAAGUCGCCGGGAUUGAAGUGAAACUUAUAUUUAACAAAGUGGAUGUUCAGAAGCCCAAUGUUCUCCCGAAGCUUUAUUCAGACCGGAAAGAAGUUGGUGGAAAUGCUCUAGCAAGUAAGGAAACAGAGGUUCAUGCCAAGCAAAACCCAUCUAAUGAGCACAUCAGUCUAAAGAUUAAUGGAGUUUCUACCGAUGGUCUACAGAGAGAAAAUGCUGAUUCAAAUGCUUCAUUGGCUAAACAGAGAUCUUCACUUGGAGAGAACCCUGCUUCUAGUAUAGGGGGAGAAUUAGAUGAAACAACUAAAAUGAAUGAUAGAAUGGAGAAUAUCUCUGGUGACAGGACCAAUUUGGAAUCUAAAAUUGAAGAAAAUUUAGACUUAAAAGCUUCGUUUAUUAAUAAACAGAAAUCUUCACUUAGAGAGCACCCUAUUUCUAGCAUAGGCGGAGAGUCAGAAAUUUCCAACACUAACAGUAGACAGGAAAAUAUUUCGAGAGACAAGACUGCAUUAAGGUCUGAAGCUGCUGUUAAGGAAGAGGGUCAGGUUGGUAAUAAUAUUUUCAGAAUCGAGGAGAAACUAAAAUCUGCUCAUGAUCAUUGUGAGCUAGAGGAUAGGCCAUCUAAGAAGGCAAAGUUUGAUAGUUCUGUAAAAGUGCCAGGUGAAAAGAAUGAGAGUAGUGUGAAGAAGUUAACCGUUGAUUUGGAUGGUAAAGAUGCAAAGGCUUUGGCAACUAUAACUGCUUCUAAAGUUAAAUCUAGAUUUGAACUUGCUAAGGAUUUGCAAGGGGCUGAAAAAGACCUCUCCAAGAAGUUGAAACCUGAUGAGAAAUCAAAACUUUCUUAUGGGAAGUUGCCUCAAGCAUCUCCUAGACAGUAUACAGAUGAGGACAAAAAAAUUGAUCAUAAAGUAAUGGACGUUACCCGAAGACCAGAUGCCGAUAAAAGCAGAUGGUUUAGGGCAUUUCCUUGGGAAGACAGAAUGAAAAGUGCUAUUGAACAAGGAACAUUGGUUCUUCUUCAAAAUCUGGAUCCGGCUUAUACUUCAGCAGAAGUUGAGGAUAUUGUUUGGCAUGCCUUCAAGGAAAGUUGCAGGGCAAAGAUGAUUCAGCGGACUUCAAUUUCAAGCCCUCACUGUGUUAUUGGUUUUGUAGGUCAAGCUUUUGCUAUAUUUAAAACAAGGGAAGCAGCAGAGAUGGUUGUUAAAAAGUUAACCAAGGGCUGCCUAUUGAUAUCGAAUGGGAGGCCUCUUGUUGGAAGUAUUGGAAGUCCUUGGUUCCCAGAGAAGAAUCCAACUUUUUUUGGCCAUUUGGUUAUUGACAAACUCAGACAUCAGAUGCCAAGGGAAAUGAGAGAAGCUGUAUCUACUUCGCAUUGUUCUCAGCCUAACACAAUUGAGUAUGAUAUGGCCAUGGAAUGGUGCUUACUUCAAGAAAGAUCAGACCUCUCUUGGAAAAAGUUGUAUAAGCAACAAGGGGAGGAGUUGAAAAAGCUUAAGUCAAGCCUCAAGUCCAAAUGAGAGCUAGUGGCUUUGUGUUCUUCCUCUUCUUGCACCUCCAUUUUUAUUCAAGCAUUCUGAAUCUCCUCAUCAGGAGGCACCCCAAAACAAUGGAAUUCGCAUUCAUGCCUUAUCUGUACAAGAAGUCAUCGAAUCAGAGGGCUGCUACCAUCUAAUUAGUGUAUAUCAGUAAUUAUUUCCUUUGUAUGCUUCUUACCAAUUAUGAUCUUUCAAGUUUCUCAUUUUAGUUAUUUUUUCUUAUAAAAUAAAGUUAGUUACUUUCUUAGAUAAGCUGGCAACGUGCAUGCCCUCGGCAUCUAGUUCCUUUACAUUGGUAAGCGUAUCUAUUUGUGUCUUCAGACAUUGUUUCUUCACUUCUACACGGGAGUAGUUAUCAAAUUCAUAUUGGGAAUGUAAGGUUCUUGUGCUUAAAGAUUCUGUUUCUUAUUGGCGCCAAGCCAUGGUCAUUAAUAGCUUUCCAUGGAUAUGGUUUCCACUCGCAUAAAACUUGCAAAAAAUGGCCAUAUUUUAGCCAUUUGAUUUAUUUUAACACGGUAGUACUUUUUGAAGGAGGAGGUUUAGCUGUCCUCAGAGUGAAGCAUUCUGGAAGAUGAUUCUGGGUUGUUUGAGGUGCAUCUGGAGUAAAAGAAAUGAUCUGAGUUUUGAAGAUAAUGAGGGAGCAGAUCUUAAGGACUAAUUUCUUAAAACACUUUUUUUUUUUUUUUUGUUAUUUCUUGUGGGUGAUUUCUUAGAACACUUUCCCACUGGAUAGUUACUCAUUUCCGUGGUUCUAUUUCUAGUUUUCAGGAUUCUACUGUGUUUUUUUCCAUAGAAGGUGUUUCUCAUGCAUAUACUUGGGCAACACCUUUCUUGAUAAUUAAUUAACACACCUGAUCAAGAAAAUCUAAACAUGCUUUUUUGUUUUUUGGCAGGAAGAAGGUGGAGUGCAGAUAAUCGAAGCAGAUGUCCUGUUUAUCAGAAUUGAGGCAAAUUUUGAGCAUAAGUAAAUAUUUUUUGAGGGCGAUCCUAGGGGGUUUGUAAUUGCAGAUCAAGCGCCUCGGCAACUUUUGGGGAAGCUAACUCAUCACUUUCUAUACCAGGUGGAUCAUGGAUGGUGUAGAACUCUAUCCUGUCUGCAAAGAAAAUAUAAUAGCGCCACUGUGAACUUCUAAUUUUAUACUUCAUUGGGAAGAGAUUGCCGAUUUUCCUGUAGUUCAGCUUUCCAAAUUAAAAUUUGCCUUUUCUUUUACAUUAAUGGAAAGUUGGUUCUCAUUUUUUAUUGUCUAAUUAGCUCAACUAUCUCCUUUGACUAUUAAUGCAUUAAUACUCUCUUCACCUUUCUUGAGCGUAUAAAGGGUGGAAGUAGACACUGGAGUAAAUUUUAUUAAAUGUCGUUGUUUUUAUUUUUUCA